AUGCUCCAAAUGAGCCAGGUUAACGUCCACUGGUGGAAAACAUUUGUCAAAUGUUGGCUUUCAACAAUAGUUUUUCUUCUUCUUCACUACAAUUAUGUCAGCGAUGAAAGAAACUUAUAUUCUCUUGAGGAAUCAAACAGAAUUUCCCAAAAUGUCGAACAAUUCAAAGAAUACUGGUGUCGAAUUCGCCGAGCACGGGUCGACUUGGACUCAAUUCUUAAACCAUGUUUUUACAAUAUUUCAUGGAAUGGACCUUCUCCUGAACGCGCGCUCCAAACGGAUGCCGGCAAAAGUGCGAUUUCGUUCUUUGACAUUAGACCAGCAGGUCAGUUCAGUCGUUUCAGCAUUCAAACAAAAACUCGGAAUGGUAAACUGAAGCACAUCGGCGGCGACUCUUGGCGUGUGUUACUGCGCGGUCCGGCCACUGUGUCACCUACUACGUUUGAUCACGGAAAUGGCACCUACGAGUUUUUGUUUCUUGUUAUGGACCCUGGGGCCUAUAAGUUGGAUAUCACUCUGGACUAUAGCCUGUGUGACGGAUUCCGCGAUCCGCCAAAAAAUUGGUUCAUCGUAGGUAAGAUGUCUGAAUAUAAUCAAAAAAAGUUCCUUGGGGAGUCUUGUUUGUGAUGUGAAUUGAUGCUGGGCAAGAUACUAAACUCUGGAUAAGAGUUCUUUGCUUAAAAAUUGUACAUAUAAUGGUCCUGUAGCUUUUCUUGGGUUUGAUUAGUAUUUCAACAACAGAAUCAAAGGUAAAUGAACAUGGAAAGCUGUUCUUUUGAUUAAUCCAAUUGGAAAUCUGACUUAAGAAUACAUUUUAAGAGGACAGUGCUUCAAUUUGUGCAAGUCUCACUCAUUUGACGUCAUCACAGAUUAUUAAAACAGUAAUUUAGUAAAUUACAUUAUACAUUCGAAUUCAAUUCGAGCCAAAAUGUUUGCGCAGAUUACAAAAUCAUUCAUGUCAUCUUCUGUCUACUUUUUCUGAAACUUAAUUCUGAACACUUAAAACUUAAAGAUGUAUAGCAUCAAGAUUCUGAAACGUGGUUUUUUUUAUCGUUGAUUCUCCUUGCUUGAUAAUCAUAGAUGUUCAUAAAUUUGAGUUGGUUCUCUAAAACCAUCAUCAUACAAGUACACCGCAGUCGGCAGCAAGUUUCUUUCAUUCCCUCUUGUCUUGCACAAGGUUUCAUAUCUCUUCUGGCGUUUUAGGAAAGUCGUAGUAAAGAUACCAGUCGCUUAAGUCUCAGCUUUAGGCAACCAGACUUAGACUUACGCAACCAUUUUGCCGCAUCAGGGAAUGUCCUCAAGGAAGUGGAUCUUUUGUUCGUGUUAUGAAGCUAAAAUAAGUAAUAAAAAGAGUGAAAAAAAUAAAUCUAAUUCCCAAUCUUGGACAAAAUUUGUGCCACAAUUUUAAAUUACCCACCACAGAUCCUUUUAGUUUUGACCUGUUAAAUCACCAACUGUAUGUGAAGCACCUCACCUCAUGAAUACUACAACCUAGUCAAAACGAUCCAUCUUUCAUGGCCAGCGGUCGCAUUGAUGAGAUCUACUAUUUUAUCUUUUCGCAUCGACCCGUUUGUCCCUUUUUCUUAUUUUACUUUUUUUACAAGGAAAUUCCCAAGGUAAGAUGCAAAAAGAUGGGACGCUCGGUGCAAACCGUACGAAGGACGACUACCUUCUUCAAUCAUUCCAGAAUGGGAAGCUUAUUAUGAUUAACAUUCCGCUGCCAGACGAUAGAGGUAAGGGAACUUGUGAAUUUCUGACUGGAUCAACGUUUCUGACGGUUUUCCUUUUGCUGUGCAAACUGAAAAAUAAGCUGUAUAUACACAAAGCAAUUAAUUUCUGACGAGCACCGAUCGUAAACACGAAGUCGCAAUGCGUUCAACAGCGUACUCUCAAGGAACUACUCAUUAUUCAUUAUUUAUACCCUGGGGGCGGAAAGUGGGUGGGCGGGGGGUUUCGGAGGAAUUUGGGGGAUCUCAUGGUUUUCUCUAUAGUUUUCAGGGGGAACAGAAGGGGAUCAGUUGUCGCGAGUAGAGUAUAAAGAGGGAUGGAACUAUAGAAAAUGGACUGUCCUAAAAGGAAGAUCAUUAGAAAGCAACAGAGCUUUAGGGGAGAAUAGGUAAAUUUUGUUGUGGCUUUACCAAAAUGUUCCACGUCCCCUUCUCCCUGAUGAUAAGUUAAGACCAGUCGCUGAUUGCGUUUGAGCUUCUGUUUAGCAAGGACACGCUUUCCCGCAUUACUUUGAUCGUCAUGACCCUUUAGGAAAAGCUAUCAAGUGCACCGUUUCAAAUACAGUCCAAGUGAACCUAUUUGCCGUUUGUUGCAAUGUUGCGGUCCUUUCCGGUUUAUUCCUUCUGCCUGUAGGAGCAUUUCUAAUGAACCAGUUACCAGACCGCCCCUGCCUCUCUGCCAAGUUUAACUUGUCUUGUGGCAUGGAUUGUAAAUUUACGUGGGAUGGAUUCGGCCGUUGGCUUGGAAAAAAUUGGAAGCCAUAUCUUACAGGUAUGUUUCAGGAUUGUGGUUUACGGCAACUAAGCAGAACUAGCGUAAAUCCCGUGAGGGAAUUUAUUAUAAACCAACAGAUUUCAGUCGUCGUACAAAUGGUAGACGUAAGUAAGAACUAAAAGUCUGAAAACUGUAACGGUAAUUACGUCAAAAUUCAGAGCUUGUGUAAAAUAGUCUGUUUCUACGCUCUUCAGUGAAUUCACUGAAGAGCGUAGAAAACGAGUCCCUGCGCAGACGCAUUAAAGUCGGAGGACCUCCUGCACAUACCGUUCAGUUGAUCUACCGCUGAGCCAUACAGAACUCGUGACGAGCCAUUACUUGACAGUUGGUUCAUAUGUGAUUCUCGUCUUGCAUACUGCUCCUGACGGUGAAUGUUAUUAUUUUUUGUGAUGUACAGAGCUUUAGAGGAGCUCUAACCACUUGAAUUCUUUACAGAAGUACCUGGGCACACUAAGCCGAUGAAAUUGGGUAUCACGGCUCCUAAGCUGGAAAAGUUGUGGAUUUAUGGAGACUCACAGGCCGAAAGACUGCACUUAUCGAUAAAAGAUGGACCUCUUUGUACGGAGAUCUUUAAAUCUUGUAAUCUAAGUAAAAUGUGGGUUUACCCUUACAGCGGUAAGUUUCCAAAAUGGGAUGAUCAAGACUUCGAUAAGUCCAUUAUUCUCGAUAGUCUCAGGGUUGUGUUGGAAAGACCCGAUAUGAGCGAAAACAGUGUGUUGAUUUUGAAUCUUGGACUGCAUUACAUGGGGAGCAUCAGACUACAAGAUUAUAGAAUACUUCUUUUGAAGGUGAUUGAUCUAUUGAACGAAAGAAACAAAGGUACAGGCGAACUGAAGCAUAAGGCUCGUGUAGUAUGGAAAACGUCCACUUCUAUAAGCAAGGAGAAGGGCACUGGAAGUCAACUGACAAGUGAUCGAGGAAGAUUUCUUGCUCUACCGGUAAGUAUGUGGGGGGAAGAAGACAUUAGAGUUGGCACUUUCAAGCAGAUAUUUGCUUUUUCUUUGUUUUUUUGGUACGUUAUUGCUUUUUUUCUUCGUGCCAAUGGUUGGUUGAUCAUCGGCCGGUUGAAAAUUCGAUAUCUCCGCCGGUGGUUCGUUUAUUUCUCGCGUUAUCCUUUUACGUAACCAAUUUGAAUUCAUUCAAUUUUAAUUUUCGCCCAAGACUGAAGAUUACUUUCAAAAAUCAGAACUUUAAAUGCCAUGAGAAAUGUGACUUAAUAUCUAAAUGUCCUUGAUUUUCCUUUUUUUUAAUUAAAUUUUUACUUAAAACGAUUGAAAGCUCGAAUACAGUUCUUGGAAACUUAAGCCGUCUUAUUAUUAGUAGUAGUAUAAUUAUUAUUAUUUUUCACUUUGCAGCGUGUGGCACUCUAUAAUUCUCUUGCAACCUCCCUCAUGUGCCAGGCUGGCUUGGAGGUGCUUGAUGUUUACCCUUUUACCAGGUCUUUUCCGGAAGGCACCGGAGGACCCGAGGUAGCGCGGCACAAGGAGUGUGAUAGUGUGCAUUUCAAGUUCCAUGUAAUGAAACCUAUCGAACACUUUUUGGAAGAAUACUUCUUGGGAAAAAUAGCCAGUCCCAUCAAUUUUGUGAAUUACAUGUUUUCAUAAUGCAACGAUUGUUGUAAUCUAAAGUCUUAUGAUAAAGGAUUGUUU